UAACACAACAGCCAUAAAGUCGAACGUUGAUCGGCUGUGCAAUAUUUUAUUACUUUUUAACAUAUUUUUUAUUAUAAAUAAACUUAUUCCAUAAAUAUAUGUAUAUAUAUUUGUAUCAUUGUAAAAUAUUUUAAUAGAUUUACACAAAUCUAGCCAGCGUGAUCAGCGUGUUUCCAUUAUACUUAAUUAAUUCCUUCGAAUUCGACUGGUUUUUUUUUUUCAAAAAAAAUUUCCAUUUUGUUUUUGAUCAGUUUUAUUGCUCAGUUAAAGUUAUCGAAAAUCCACCGGGUUUGUCGCUAACGGUUGCAAAAUGUUCUCUACCAUCCGGACACUUUAACUGAAUACAAAAUCUGCUAAGCUACUCGGUUUGUCGAUAAUGGUUUAUACGUUGAAAAAAAAAUUAUGCAAAAGUACUUGAAAUGAUGUACUAUGUUGGAAAAAACUGGAACACCUAAGUUGAUAAUAUUAACCUAGAAAUCGCGGACCACGGCAAUGUCGAUGCUAAAGUUACAAAAAUGAACUGCGAUUGAUUUGAGUGGGCCGUCGAUCUCGGACAGACCUGCGAGAAAAUGUCGUACGACAACGGCGCGGUGAAAUGCGAGAAAGCAACCGUGUCGGACGACAACCACGAGACAUGGAAAGCCAUGAGCCUGAUGUCCAAGGCUCAGUUCAUGUUCAAACACUGCACGGUAGAGCCGAUGAUAGGCUGCUACAUAGUGUCCAGCGUGCUGGCGUCGUUGGCCACGCAAAAUUUGAACUUGCAGAAAGCGUGCAGAGUUAAUCUAAGACUGAACGACACCAUAUGCUACGCGCUGGAAAACCGGGACACGGCGAGCUACGCCAAAGAAGAAGUGAUGAUCCAAGAGCUGGUGGCCGACAUGAUAAUCUGGAAGACGUUCGUGCAGAGCAGUAUACCGUCGGUUUUGAUCAUAUUCAUAGGCACGUGGAGCGACCGCAAUCACAAGCGCAAGCCCUGCAUGCUGAUGCCCAUCGUCGGCGAGUUCGUCACUUCCAUCGGCCUGUUGGCUUGUACUUAUUAUUUUUACGAGCUGCCCAUGGAAAUCGCCGGUCUGGUCGAGUCCAUCCCGCCCGCAAUGACCGGCGGUUGGAUGACCAUGUUCAUGGCCGUGUUCAGCUACGUUGGCGACGUGACCACGGUGAAAAUGCGCACGCUCAGGAUAGGAGUGGUGAACGUCUUCUGUUCCGUGGGAGUGCCCAUAGGUACGGCUCUGUCCGGCAUUCUGUAUAGGGAAAUCGGAUUCUACGGGGUGUAUGCCAUAGCCACAGUGCUGUACGUGUUCAGCUUUGUUUAUGGUAUGGUGUUUAUCAAAGAAGAACAUCCGGACGUGAAAACCGAAACCAAACAACCGCCUUUGGACACGUCCUGCGUGUACUUGGUAAAAGACUUUUUCAGUCUGAGCCACAUCAAGGAGGCCGUUCACGUGGCGUUCAAAGAAGGCAAACACAACAGGCGAUUGCGGAUUAUUUCGCUAAUGGUCGUCGUCAUGGUAGUCAUGGGACCGUUGCACGGUGAAAUGUCAGUCAUGUAUCUUUUCACUCGCGUACGAUUCAACUGGGAUGAAGUGGACUACAGUUUGUUUUCCACGUACUCGAUGAUCACCAACCUGAUAGGCACAAUGUUUUCUGUCGGUGUGUUCAGUCACAUGCUACAAAUCGACGAUGCCUUGAUCGGAUUCAUGUCGUGCAUGAGCAAAAUCUUGGCUGGAUUCGUCUACGCGUUCGCCACUACGGAUUUCGUAUUUUACUUGGGUCCGUUAGUGGAUAUCGUUAACGGCACAUCGUUCAUCGCAAUGCGUUCAAUCAUUUCUAAACUCGUGCCGCCAGACGAACUAGGCAAAGUAAACUCUCUGUACGGAGUUUGCGAAGCAAUGGUGCCGUUGAUAUACGGUCCGAUGUACAGUGCUGUUUACAAGGCUACACUGAAGACGGUGCCCGGCGCAUUCUUCCUGCUGGGAGGUGCCUUAACUGCUCCAGCGGCGCUUAUUUUCUUAUGGAUGUACAGCGAACACGUAAAAGAACGAAAGGCGAACGAAGCGGCAGCCAAGGAAGAAGAAAAGAAAACCGGAGUGUUACAAAAGAAAAACAGUUUGGACUUCAGGUUGGCGUCUCACGAUUUCGACUUGAAGACAAUACUAGACAGACGGACACAAAGUCACAGGGGUUCUGCUCAGUUCGCUAGUUUCGGUUUGGACAACAUGGCUUUCCAAAUCGAAGAGGAAGCGAGUAGGGCAAAGUAAUUUAUGGGUUUUUUCACUCACCAAUACAGGUGGUUUUUAUUCCUAAUGUAUCUGAGAUUGCGUUCGCGUAAUAUAAUAAUUGUAUUAAUUGGUAAUAGUAUUCAUACGAGUUGUGUCUGUACUUCAGUUUUAGCGUACCCACUAAAUUGAAUCAAUACGGCACACAAAUGCAUUAUGUAUUUAUAUUUUAAUUGUUUCUAAUGUUACUAUACUUAAUAGUUUUUCCCAAAUCAAAGUUGUGUUAUGACUUAUGCCUUUAAGUUACCCGUGCAGAUACUAUGAUAAUUUAUUCGCACGACUAGAGUGUAUAAUAGGUGUGAAAUUAGGUAUUUGUUUCAUAUUAUAUAUUUCCUGUGUAUUAUUUUUUUUUUAAAUUAAGUUAUUUUAUUUCCAUCCGUCAGAAUGAAUUAUAAGUUUAUAACUUAUGAACCAUUUAUAUAUUUUAAUCGUUAAAAUGCGUACUUUCUUUGUUUAAAUCUUUGAGAAACUAAUCACCUAACGUGUCGGAAUGAGAUUUCGAUUAAAUAACAAUCAAUAUUUUUAGGACAUAUGUACUUUUAAAUUUUCAAAGGUAAUAUAAUAGCAAAUAUUAGUUCCGAAAUAGGCGAUUAAAAACUGAAGAAUUACAUAUAAAAUUUAAAAGAAAAUAAUGUAAAAUUUUAAAAAAAUGCUGUUAUAUUUAUAUAUUUGAUACACUACAAACCAUAAAUUAUGCAGGUUACAAUUAUUUAUAAUGAAUAAUAAUUAUUACCCACUAUUUUUUAUGAUUCAAUUUGUUUUCAGUUAUUAAUAAUAAUAAAACAACAAUAUUAUAGUAAUAACAGUAAUUAUAACCUACAUAGUAAUGCUACUAAAGAUUAGUACUUCAACAAUUAUUACUGUAUCAGAAUAAAGCAAUUUGUCAAUUUAUUACAUUGUGAUAAAACUGUGUGUCAAAACA